UUUUGUUCUACCAGCAUGUCUAGUCGACGGAAAUUGUUGGAUCUUUUUGAGACUUUUUUAAUUGACUGUGACGGAGUCUUAUGGCGGGGGGAUAAAGCUAUAGAAGGUGCAUCCAGAGCGGUACAAGUGCUACAAGCUCAUAAUAAACAGGUCAUCUUUGUUUCUAACAACUGUACUAAAACGGUAGAUAUGUUUCAACAUAAGUUCAAGACAAUCUUGAAUAUUGAUAACAUCCCCUCAGAAAACAUUUUCAUGCCAGCAGUUUCGACUGCUAUUUACCUCAAAAACAAAAUGAAUAUAAACACAGAGAAAGUUUUUCUAAUUGCACAAGAUGCAUUCAAGACGACUCUGGAAGAACAUGGUAUACCUUCUUUCGGCUUGGGACCUGUAGGAAUCAAACAAGUGCAUGAAUGGGGGGAUUUUGAAGUUGACAAAUCUGUAAAGUAUGUUAUUGUUACUUACGAUCCUUACUAUUGUCACACCAAGCUAACUGAAGCAUAUUUGUACAUAAAAGAAAACAAGGCCGAGUUCAUUGCUCCUGAUUGUGACAAUUUCUUUGCUGUGUCCUCUACAAGAAAAGUUCCUGGAUCACUUUCCAUGCAAGCUGGCUUGUCCGCUGUUCUUGAAGAGAAGCCCAGAAUAAUGGGGAAACCUGACCCAUUAUUUUUUGAACUGAUUCAGAAAGAACACGGAGAGAUGAAUCUUUCUAAGACGAUUAUGAUAGGAGAUAACUAUAACACAGAUAUUAAAUUUGGGUUCAAUUGUGGAAUCAGUACAGCACUGGUACUGACUGGUAAUACAAAGCCCGAGGAUAUUGCAAGUUUUGGGGGAAAACAACCUGACUUUGUGUUGGGGGGAUUGGGCGACAUAAAUGACGAUUUAGAGAAUAAAUUUCAUGUUUAGCUAGAUUUUUAGCACCUUUAUGUUUGAGAUAUGUAAAUUGUUUCAAGUUUUUAGUAGAUUUGGUCGUAAGUUUUUGAAUUUAUUAUUGUAACAGUUAGUUCUUCUUUUUAUCCGAUUUUUACAGAGUAAAUAUUUUAGGAGUGAACUUUUGCAAAUAAUAAAAUAUAAAACGUUUCUGAUUUUUUAACCACCAGCAUGUCAAGUGGACGAAAAUUGUUGGAACGUUUUGAGAUGUUUUGAAUUGACUGUGACGGAGUCUUAUGGCAGUGCACUCGAAAUCUGUUUAGUAAAAUGUAUCGUUUGUAUGUAAACGUCUUAUGAUAGAAAAAAACAUUAUUAUUAUAUAUAAAACAUAAUGCUGCUAGAUUUAUCUUUGGUCUUUACGGAAAAAAGAUACGUGAACCUAUCAUGCCUUACCUCAAAAAGCUCCACUUUCUGCCUGUUCGGUUCAGAAUUAAGUUCAAAAUAUCACUUCUGGUCUUCAAGUGUCUUAAUAACAUAGCCCCUCAGUACUUACAAGGACACGUCAAUCUAAGGGAAGUACGAAGACAAAGUUCCAGACUAGAUGAUGACUUUUAUUUGUUGAAAGUUCCUCCUGCUCCUCAUUUCAGACGAACAGAUGCUGCAUUUAUGUUUUGUGGACCAAAAAUUUGGAAUGAACUACCCUACUCAGUGAGAUCAUUAUCAUCUGUAGAAUGUUUUAAAAAUGCCCUAAAGACGUUUUAUUUCCAACUAGCUUUUGAUAAUAUUUCUAAUAUUUGUCCAUAAUGUCUGAACUGAUAUGAAAGUGCAUAAUUUUAGUAACUUCAUACAAAUAUUUGUUCAUAAAUUCUGAACUGUUUAAAAAGUCCAUAAUCUUGCUAUUUCAACACUAAGUCUCGCUUGAAUGACUUUAAUGUACAUCUUUGUUGGGUAUAUUUUAAUGCCGAAGCGUGUAAUAAAUGUUAGAAUUUAUUU